UCUGGUCUUUAUGGCUAUGCGUUUCAAACCCUGAGAAUUCUAAACCCCUCCCUCUCUCCACCCGUCCUUCUUACCAUAUCCGAAACCCUACGGUUCCCCGAACGUGCAAAAUUGCUGAUUACCCUCGAUCGCGUUUACGAGGCUUUGUUAAUUGAUUCUCUUCGAUACCGUCAAUAUGUCGUAUCGACCUACCGGUAACUCCAGGACCGAGGUCCGUCGGAAUCGAUACAAGGUGGCCGUAGAUGCCGAAGAAGGUCGGAGACGGCGAGAGGAUACCAUGGUCGAGAUCCGAAAGAACCGUAGGGAAGAGAGUUUGCAGAAGAAGAGGCGCGAGGGCCUUCAAGCUCAGCAGAUGCCUGCUUCGAUACACUCUACUGCCGUAGAGAAGAAGUUGGAACACCUACCGUCCAUGAUUGCAGGCGUUUGGACAGAUGAUCAUAACCUGCAGCUUGAGUCAACAACUCAGUUUCGGAAGUUGCUUUCAAUUGAGCGUAGUCCGCCAAUUGAGGAGGUUAUUCAAGCUGGUGUAGUUCCUCGCUUUGUUGAAUUUUUGAUGAGAGAAGAUUUUCCUCAGUUGCAGUUUGAGGCAGCUUGGGCUUUGACGAAUAUAGCUUCUGGAACAUCUGAAAACACUAAAGUGGUGAUCGAUCAUGGUGCUGUCCCGAUUUUUGUUAAGCUCCUUGGUUCUCCAAGUGAUGAUGUCCGCGAACAGGCUGUGUGGGCAUUAGGGAAUGUUGCUGGAGAUUCUCCCAGGUGCCGUGAUCUUGUUCUCAGUCACGGGGCCUUGGUUCCUCUGCUGACACAGUUGAAUGAGCAAGCUAAGCUUUCUAUGUUGAGAAACGCUACAUGGACGCUUUCAAAUUUCUGCAGGGGCAAGCCACAACCUCCUUUUGAACAGGUAAAACCUGCACUUCCUGCUCUUGCCCGUCUUAUCCACUCAAAUGAUGAAGAAGUCUUGACUGAUGCUUGCUGGGCACUUUCAUAUCUUUCUGAUGGUACCAAUGACAAAAUUCAAGCUGUAAUUGAAGCUGGUGUGUGUGGCCGGCUGGUUGAGCUUUUGUUGCAUCCAUCCCCUUCUGUGCUUAUUCCUGCUCUUCGAACAGUUGGAAAUAUUGUCACUGGAGAUGAUAUGCAGACUCAGGUUAUCAUCAACCACCAAGCACUUCCUUGUCUUUUGAAUCUAUUAACAAACAACUAUAAAAAAAGCAUAAAGAAGGAAGCCUGUUGGACCAUAUCAAAUAUCACAGCUGGGAACAAACAACAGAUUCAGGCUGUAAUUGAAGCUAAUAUAAUUGGUCCUCUCGUUCAUCUUCUUCAAAAUGCGGAGUUUGAUAUUAAGAAAGAGGCUGCGUGGGCUAUCUCUAAUGCUACAUCUGGUGGAUCUCAUGAUCAGAUCAAGUACCUGGUAAGCCAAGGGUGUAUUAAGCCCUUGUGUGAUCUUCUCAUCUGCCCUGAUGCUAGAAUUGUGACUGUUUGCCUGGAGGGGCUUGAAAACAUUUUGAAGGUGGGAGAAGCUGAUAAAAAUAUGGGCAAUACUGGGGGUGUGAAUCUAUACGCCCAAUUGAUUGAUGAUGCUGAGGGUUUGGAGAAAAUUGAGAAUCUACAGAGUCAUGAUAACACUGAGAUUUAUGAGAAGGCAGUGAAAAUUCUGGAGACAUAUUGGUUGGAGGAAGAAGAUGAGACUAUGCCUCCAGGGGACACUUCCCGGUCAGGGUUCAACUUUGGUGGUUCUGAGGUUCCUGCAGUGCCUUCUGGGGGAUUCAACUUUAAUUGAAGUGUUUACCUUUAUUUGCAUUGACAUUAUUUGGAACUCCGUUAACUGCAAGAUUCUUGGCUGGUGUACCGAUGGAUAUUCCUUCGUAAGACGGGACAACAGUUUGGAAUCAAGUCCAUGCCAUCAUUGCACUCUGGGUCCUAUGGGGAUCCAGCCUUGGUAAAUAGAAGGUUGCUGGGCCGGCUUGGGUUUUUGCAACAGCUGGUUUUACACAUGUCAUGGGGAGUUAGAUGACUGGCUUGGUUUGUUGCCGCUCCGGAAUUAUACUUUAGUUCUUUGCCAGGUCAUCAUUCCCGGUGUUCUGGCAUUUAUAUAAAUUUAGUGGAGUCUUGAUUUUUCCUCCUAUUGUUAUACAUUGAGUCGGUAAAUUCCCGUUGUUAGUUUGGUGUUUUUGUCAAAUGUUGGGAGUUUUUGCUUUGCUUUCCUUCUUCUCUUGAGCGUUUUGGUGGAUGAAAUUUACUCUGAAGCUUUUGUUAUUCAUUUCGUUCUUCUCUAGAUAGUCGUAUUAAAUUGGUAUGUGAAAUUUCUUUAGUCUUUAGAAAACCAUGUGGAAGAACUCUGAUGUAUUCUCAAAUGUUAUGUAUAGUUGCUAUGAGGGCUGACCCCUCUUCAAACGCAA